UACAGUCGAAGCGUGACGUGCAGGGAGCCGUAAGAAUACGUUGUAUAGCAUAACGUUAACGGAGAAAUAUCAAGUUUUCAUCGUAAAACGUUCAAAAUGCUUUCACUGCGAGCUUUCCUUACCGACAGGCUGAUGGUGGCGGCGGAGGAGAUAUUCGAAGUUGUCGAGAGGACAAUAGCCGAGUACAAAGAGGAGAUUUUCCGCUCCAAAGAUCUGGAAAUCAGUCAUCUGAGGAUGCAGCUGAAGCUUCUCAAGUCAGAGCCCAUAGACCGAAGCAUUGAAGCUGAUCUCGAACAGCACACCCAUCACCACCACCACCAUCCUCCCCCUCCUCCACCCCAGGACCAUCAGUCAAUUCCUGCAGUGGAGGCUCAUCCUGAGUCUCAGCACCCUGGGGAGCAAGAAGAGGGCAGCAGCAUGGACCAGGGGCACCCAGAGCCUUCACAGGUGAAGACAGAGCAGCAGCAGCAAAACCACGGGGAUUUUUGGAUGGGACAAGAAGCAGCAGAGCAGCUGGACAGCCUUGAAUCAGACAUCAAAGACUUCAUCCCUGCAUCCCCCUCUAGCUUGAGAAACAGUCUGCACGAGCCCAUAUUAACCUUCCAUCUAAACCACCACCACAACAACAACAGCAACAGCAGUGGAGAGGAGGGCAGAGAGAAGCCAUACUGCUGCACUGUUUGUGAGAAACGCUUCAGUAGCUGCUCCCACCUGGCUGCUCACAUCAGGACGCACACAGGAGAGAGGCCGUACAUAUGUGAAAUAUGCAAAAAGACUUUUAUCACAACAAGCGCCCUAAACAGACACCAGACAAUUCACAGUGAGGGCAAACGCUUUAUCUGUAAUGGUUGUGGGAAGUCAUUUAAAUGGAUGGAGUCUCUGGGCAGGCACGUUAGGAGUGUUCACAAGAGAGAAAGUGUGCCUGAAGAAUCUCAUUAGAAUCAAAUAGAUUGGUGUUUUUUCCCCCUUUCUCAUUUAUUUUAGUGUAAAUGUGUGCAAACAAAGAAUGUAUUGUCUGUUUCUUGUGUUAGGUUGUUGUUAAAUGUGCAUGGACCUUGUUAAGCCUUCUGUAUAUCAACAGUAGAUAAAGGAAAGACGUGUAAGAAUACAUUCACAGGGGUUGAAUUUUCUCAAAUUGCAUUGAAUAAAUGUUGGAAGCAA